CUUCCAAACAGGCCUGACUUUCUCCUUUGGGAAAGUUUGGAAGGAAGUUCACUUCAGCUCGUCUGGCUCGUUUUAUGUUGAAGUGUGGGUGCUCUUUGUCAGGGUUAUUUUUUCUCCUUUCACCUGCAUUGACAGACACUUCUAAACAUCCAGAUCUUGACAGCUUGGCACAUUAAUCCCCCAUCUUAAAGGGUUAGAUCAGGAUUUUAGACAUGAAUCUCUAUAGCUUCCCCAUAAGCAGUGUGGUGCAUUGACCAUGACUUACCCGCGACAGCGUCCUGUGAGCCGAGCUCCGGUCCAGUUUUUGUCAAGAUUAAAUUAGUCCGGCAAGUUUGCUGGGGUCACGGCAAUAAAGCUUUUUUCUUCUCAAAUCAACAUGUGUUCAAAAGAGUGAUAUAUUUGAAGCACAAAACUGCUGUCUAUGGAGAGGUCAGACCUCGUAAUGGCUUGGCACUAUUUUCUUCCCUGUCAUAUCACUGCGCGCUGCCGCUACCUACAGCCAGCUGGGAGCCGCGCACGUGUCACUUUGUUUACAACUCGUAAAGAGAACGAUAACAUGUCUGACUACAGCAGCGACGAUGACAACAUUGACUUCGACACACAGUCAAAAGGAUAUCUUUACGAACCUGAAUACACAGAUGACGAGUUACGCCAGAUGGAGUUAGAAAGGACAGAAAGAGAGAGGAUGGACAGAGAAGUUGAACAAGUUGAAGCUGGAGCCACAGCUGCUGCAGUGAGACAUCGAGUGGCCGACAAAUGGUGGUGUACUUGUUUUAAGUGUGAACUAAUGCAGACAGAAGUGGAGUCCUACUGCUGCCACGAAUUUGAUCUCAUCAUGCCACAGAUCCAAGACCUUUCUAUUGAUGAGGACGCCAGCGUACCAGCUUCGGUCUGCAUCACAAAUCACAAGGACUUUCCUGCAAUCCUGAAUGCUGGUGUCUUGCAGACCUUUUUCCACAUUCCGAAAAUUAACUGGAAGAAGCGUCCCAGGCCAGCAGGACCCAACGGUCAGUUGUCCUCAGAACAAUACAGGCUGGUUGCCUAUCGCAUCGUGAUGGAAUGGGCCCUGAAAGGAGAGAAGCUCGGCCCAGGCAACAGGAAAGUUCUUCCCUCCUGUGUAGUGGAGCUAAUAAGAAAAACAUACCCAUCACCAAAUGGACAAUAUGCAGGGUUCAAAGAAUCAGAGGACGCACUGCAAUUGUUUUAG